AUGAAAACGAGAAUACGUCUGUCCCCAGGCAAGGCUGCAUACAGACAAGGUACAUCUGUUAUUCAAGUGACAGCCACAGAUGCUGAUGAUGCCAACUACGGAAAUAGUGCCAAAGUGGUGUACAGUAUUCUUCAGGGACAGCCAUAUUUCUCAGUGGAUCCAGAAACAGGCAUAAUCAAAACUGCUCUACCGGAUAUGAGCAGAGAAAACAGGGAACAGUAUCAAGUGGUCAUCCAGGCCAAAGACAUGGGAGGCCAGAUGGGAGGACUAUCAGGGACCACCACAGUUAACAUCACACUGACUGAUGUCAAUGACAAUCCACCUCGAUUUCCUCAGAGCACCUACCAGUUCAGCUCUCCUGAAUCUGCACCACCCGGGACUCCUCUUGGCAGGAUUAAAGCCAAUGACCCUGAUCUGGGUGAAAAUGCAGAGAUUGAGUAUAGUAUCUCCAAUGGGGAUGGAUCAGACGUGUUUGAUAUCGUCACUGACAAGGAUACACAGGAAGGGAUUAUAACUGUCAAAAAGCAGCUGGAUUUUGAAAAGAAAAUAUUAUACACCUUAAGAGUGGAAGCAACAAACACUCAUCUGGAUCCUCGUUUUCUUCAGCUGGGGCCAUUCAAAGACACAGCUCUGGUCAAAAUUUCUGUAGAAGAUAUAGACGAACCUCCAGUGUUCAGCAGAUCCUCAUAUUUAAUAGAAGUAGAUGAAGAUGCCAAGGAAGGAAGCAUUAUUGGGCAGGUUGUAGCCCAAGAUCCAGAUAUAACAAAAAAUACAAUAAAAUAUUCUGUGGAUCGACACACUGACCUGGAUAGAAUAUUCAACAUCUAUUCAGGAAAUGGAUCCUUAUUCAUCUCAAAGCCACUUGACCGGGAAGAAGAGCCCUGGCACAACAUCACUGUCAUAGCAACUGAAAUCAAUAAUCCUAAACAAAGUAGCCAGAUACCUGUCUUCAUCCGGAUUUUAGACAUAAACGAUCACGCACCAGAAUUUGCCAAAUACUAUGAAACAUUUGUCUGCGAAAAUGCAAAAGCAGGACAGGUAAGUGAAUAUUUUUGUUAUUUGAGAAUUUUAUUGAAACUAUUAAGGAAUAUCAUAACAGAGACUUCAUAAUGUCUACAUUUCAAC